AUGACGGACGAAAUACCAGAAACCGGUGCGGUGUUCACGUUCGGCAAGUCCCACUUCGCCGACAACGAGCCGAGCCACUUCUUCAUCAAGAGCGACCCCGUGGUCGCCAUCUCUUGCGGCGACGAGCACAGUGCUGUCAUAUGUCAAAAUGGACGAGUCUUUGUGUUUGGGGCCAACGAAUGGGGUCAAUUGGGCCUGGGCCACAAGGAGGAGGUGACGAGGCCCAGCUGUGUGAAGUGGCUGAAACCCCAUCGCGCCAUGUUUGUGGCCUGCGGACGCGCCCACACCGUCUUUGUUACAGAUACAAGCACAAUAUAUUCUGUGGGAUGCAACGACGAGGGGCAACUUGGCACUGGAGAUAUGGAGCACCAUACUGUGCCUCAAUGCGUGGAGCUGGAAGAGGAUUGUGGGGCUGUGAGACAGGUCUCAGCAGGCAGCAACCACACGGCUAUACUUACUGAGUCAGGGCGAGUGUUCGUGUGCGGCUCCAACAGCGAAGGCCAGCUCGGGCUGGGCGAGGACACGCGCUCCGCCGUCAAGUUUACAGAACUCAAGUUCAUGGAGAAGAUAGCCUUCGUCGAGUGCGGGUACUACCACACCAUUUUCAUCACUGCCAACGGUGCAGUAUUCGUGACUGGCGACAACGAGAACAACAAACUAGGUAUACCGAACCCCGCAACCACAGCGUACGUCCCCGAGGUUCUCCCCACCAGCGCGCCCAUCAAGAGUGCUUGCUGUGGAGCCUCCCACACCUUCCUAUUGUCUAUGGACGAAGCCAAGAUCUUCGCGUUCGGGUCCAACGAAAGAGGCCAGUUGGGAAUGCCCAAAGAUGUUGCCAACGUGACGGAACCAACCGAAAUUGACAUGGAUAAAAUGUUUGACGGAUUUCAACUGAAAUUAGUAGCGUGCGGGGCGAUGCAUACGGCUUUUGUCACUGAUAACGGCCUGCUUUACACCUGCGGCGAGUCGAGGCACAACAAAUUGUGUUUGGAGGGAAUCGACGACGCCGACAACGCGAAUGAGGCUGUCCCCAAUCAAUAUUCACCAAAGCGGGUCACUGCGAUGAAUGGAUACAUCGUCGACAAUGUAGCAUGCGGCGGCUGCCACACGCUACUCACGGCCACUAAGGGCUCGAACGCGGACUUUACUAACAACGAUUUCAGUAUAGUCAACGAGGAAAGCAGACAAAUAUCGCUCACAGAACUACCGCCUCUGCAAAAAGUACCGGGAAUGAACAAAACUGAAGAUAUCACCAUAGAAGACGUCACUAACUCCAACACCAACCAUGGUAUCGCUGACAAUGUUAAUGGAAACGUGAACGAUGAAACCGGAUCGAUAGAUUCAUUAGAGGCGAAUGUCAGCGGCUCGCACAUUGUAAACAUAAACGAUCUUGAGAACGAUAAUGGCAGCAUUCACGAUGUACCUGAUAUUAACAAGGACGAACUCGAUAUGUCUUCACCAAUUACUAAGGAAAUUACAAAUACCAUCGCAGAUAUGAACAUAAUUGAGACAGUGGAUCAUUCAAUGAACGCAGCGGUAGACAAAGCUAAAAACAAAAUUAAUGAAAUUGCAAAAGAUGUAACCGAUAAAGUCAAUGAAAAAGUUGAAGUAGUAGAAGAAACUUUAAAGAAAACAAUAGCUAUGGUACCCGACAUUCACCACGAUGAUAUGAAAGUUCUAAAGAUACCAGAUAAAGUGGCUGAAAUAGCUAAUUCUCCCCCUCCAAAGACACCCAUAAUUCAAGAUUUGCUGACGCUUCCAGAUUUGUCACAAAUGAGUCCUGUUUUGAGUAAACAUAGUGAUGACGGUCAAAAGAGCGAAGGCGGUCAGUCAGAGAAUGAGACGAUUCCUUGUGGGUCAGAUAAAUCGAGUCCCCAAGCAGGAAAGACUGCGAAAACACAAGCUGUAAUGCCGAUUGUGAGAAGUGAAGAUGCGAUUUCUCAUGAUGGGAUGGGACAAUGUGAGGAGAAUGAUGUGGUGGUCAAAGAACAAGGCCGCUUUGCUAAGUUUUUUCAGUCAAUUCGAGAUAAAGAAAAUUCCUGCAUGAGUAAAGGAAAAGUUAUUGAAGAAAACGUUGUUGAAAACAUUCACAAAGGUCUGGACGGCACAGAGCAAACGAUCCACAAGAUAGAGGACACCGUGGAGACGGAGAUCAGAAACCAGACGAACUCGCGGACCUGUACUAUAUUAUAA